AUGAACCAAAGCGACGCUACCCUGAGGAUCGAGCUGCAGUUCAGUGGCGGUAUGGAGCUGCUUUUCGACAACCAGAAGACAAUCCAUGCCAAAGUCCCUGCCUCCUUCCCUCUGGACACAUCAGUAGAAGACAGACAUGCUGCCACGAUCCGGGAUUUGAUUUCCUGGACAGCGAGCAAUCUUCUCAAGGAACGGCCAGAACUCUUUAUCGGAACCGACGGAUCAGUGCGGUCGGGAAUCCUUGUUCUGGUGAACGGUGCCGAUUGGGAGUUGGAGGGCGAACUGGAGUAUGAGCUGGAGGACAGGGAUGAGAUUGUUUUUAUCUCGACUUUGCACGGGGGCUGA